UACCCCAUUCGCUCUGCCCAAAUCUCUUCCUCUGAAGCGGUCACCAGCGUGUGGAGCCUGCCCCACACCCAUCACCUGCCAAACCACGGCCUUUACCUGUGUCUUCCGGUGUUUCCCGUGCGACCCAUCCUGCGGGAGUGCCUCCUGGGCCACCCCAGAGUUCACGCAGCGCUCAGUGGCUCCAAUGGUGAAGAUGACAAGGUCCAAGACUUUCCAGGCAUAUCUGCCUUCGUGCCACAGGACCUACAGCUGCAUUCACUGCAGGGCUCAUCUUGCCAACCACGAUGAGCUCAUUUCUAAGUCUUUUCAAGGAAGCCAAGGACGAGCAUACCUCUUCAAUUCAGUAGUUAAUGUGGGUUGUGGCCCUGCAGAGGAGCGGGUGUUAUUAACAGGAUUACAUGCGGUUGCAGAUAUUUACUGUGAAAACUGCAAAACCACACUGGGUUGGAAAUAUGAACACGCUUUUGAAAGCAGCCAGAAGUAUAAAGAAGGCAAAUACAUCAUUGAACUAGCUCACAUGAUCAAGGAUAAUGGCUGGGAUUGAAUGGAAACAGCCCAGCCCUACCAGCGUGUAAGAGAAUGCCAUCCAACCGAACAUUAUAUCCAAGAGUGAGAGAGUGACUGAACGCUUGGUUCCAUGCAUUUAGAGGCUCUGCAAUUUGGGAGCAUCUUCACACCCUUCUCCAUCUUUAUUGGUGACUGGCCUCUAAAUUUCUGUCUCUCUGUCUCUUUGCUUUGUAUCUGUUUGUGAGUUGACCCUGGCUGCUUCUCUCUCUGUUCUGGCGUUGGCUAAGAGAAUGCACCGAAUGCCCGACAGCCAUUCCAUGUUGACGAAUGUUUAAGUACAAACUGAAGUUGGCUCUGUGGUGGCAUUUUAUCAGAAGGUCUCGGUGCGGGAGGAAGACCCGAGUUUUGGGCAGGAGAAGGUGAU